AUGGCCAGCGUAGUGGAAGAAGAAGACCCAGAAGUCCCCUCCUCCACCAUUCACGCGUUUCCGGUCUGGGCGGGGCCAGCCAAAGAGGAUGGAGAGCGGACAUAUCAGUAUUGGCCCUUCUCCACUAGUGAUUUGUACAAUUGGAAAACCCAGACUCCCUCCUUCUCUGAACCGCAGGGUCUUAUUGAUCUUUUAGAGUCUAUCCUUUUUAUUCACAAUCCCACUUGGGAUGAUUGUCAGCAACUGUUACAGGUGUUUUUCACUACAGAGGAUCGUGAGCAGAUCCUGUCAGAAGCUCGGAAGGAUGUGCCAGGGGUGGAUGGGAGGCCCACAAUACAGCCUAACCUCAUUGAGGAGGGGUUCCCCUUGGUGUGACCCAACUGGGACUUCUAACGCCCUGAAGGUAGGGAGCGUCUCCAAGUGUACCGCCAGACUCUUAUGGCUGGCCUUAGAGCGGCCGCCAGGAAGCCAACUAAUUUGGCCAAAAUAAAUUCAGUGAGGCAGGAGCCAAAUGAGAGCCCAGCAGCCUUCCUUGAAAGAAUAAUGGAAACUUUUAGACAGUAUACCCUUAUGGACCCACAGGCAGAUGAGUCACGAGUGGCAGUUAUGUUAGCAUUUGUAAAUCAAGCAGCCCCUGAUAUUAGAAGAAAGUUACAAAAGAUAGAGAGGUUAAGUGAACAAUCCUUACAAGAUCUAGUGAGGGCAGCCGAGAGAGUUUUUAAUCAUAGAGAGACCCCAGAAGAGAGAGAGGACCACAUUAGGAGAGAAAGAGAAUUUAGAGCUGAAGAAAACCAUAAAAAUAAAAAAGAGCUGGCCCAGAUAUUUUUUGCUGGGGUUGAAAACAAAAACAGGUUCCAAAAAGGGAAAAAAUUGGACUCAAAAACUGAAGAAAAAACGACAAGGCGUAAGCUUGGAAAAAACCAAUGUGCGUUUUGUAAAGAGUUUGGACAUUAGAAAGAUACAUGACCCAAGAAAAAUCUAAAAGAGGGGCCCAAGAACCCCAAGAACGAGACUCCCUCUCCAGACAGUCAUAUCCUCUACGUGGGUGAGGAUAGCGUAGGGGGUCAGGGCUCAAAGCCCCUCCCCGAGUCCUGGGUAACUAUAAAUGUGGAGGGGAAAACGGUUGGCUUCAUGGUGGACACAGGAGCCCAAUACUCAGUCUUAAACCAAAAAGAUGGACUCAUGUCUAAGAAAAGUAGCUGGGUGCAGGGAGCAACCGGGACUAAACGAUAUGGAUGGGUUACAAAACGGCAUGUGAACUUGGGGGCCCACCAGGUAACCCAUUAUUUUCUGGUGAUACCUGAGUGUCCAGCGCCCUUGUUGGGAAGGGAUUUACUGUCUAAAGUGAAUGCCCAAAUUCAUUUCGACCAUGGACAAGUGUCGGUUUUAGAUGGGACCGGGCAUCCUCUUCAGGUCCUGUCUCUGGCAUUAAAAGAUGAAUAUAGACUCUACUUGCCAGAGGCCCCAGUGACAAUAAGCCCCAAAGUACAACCAUGGGUUCAAAGAUACCCUCAGGCCUGGGCAGAAACAGCAGGAAUGGGACUGGCCAAACAGAGGCCCCCUAUCAUUGUGGAACUGAAAGCCAGUGCUUCCCCAGUGAGGGUAUGGCAGUAUCCCAUGAGUCAAGAGGCUCGACAAGGAAUUACUCCUCAUAUACAACGCCUCAUAGACGCUGGGGUCCUGAAAAGGUGCCGGUCCCCAUGGAACACUCCCCUGUUUCCUGUGAAAAAGCCUGGGGGAACUGAUUUUAGACCGGUUCAAGAUCUACGAGAAGUCAACAAACGGGUGAGUGAUAUUCAUCCUACGGUUCCUAACCCUUAUACAUUGCUAGGCAACUUGCCUCCAAACUACAUUUGGUAUACUGUUUUAGAUUUAAAAGAUGCCUUUUUCAGUUUGCCUCUUGCCCCCGCAAGCCAAGAGAUCUUUGCCUUCGAAUGGCAGGAAGACGGUGGUCAGACCCCUGUGCAGCUGACAUGGACUCGCUUACCACAGGGUUUCAAAAACUUGCCCACGUUAUUUAAUGAGGCCCUGGACGAAGACCUCCCUGAGUAUUGGGUUGAACACCCUACCAUUGUUUUAUUACAAUAUGUUGAUUACCUUAUGCUGGCAGCGACUAUGGAAAAAGAGUGCCAAGAGGCAACAGGUGACCUUCUCCAAACCUUGGGGACUUUAGGUUACAGAGCCAGUGCCAAAAAGGCCCAGAUUGCCAAGCAAGAGGUUACAUACCUCGGUUAUAAGAUAAAACAGGGCCAGAGGUGGCUAACACAGGCUAUGAAAGAAACCAUCCUCCAGAUCCCUGAGCUGGCUAACCCCAGACAAGUGAGAGAAUUUCUGGGAACUGUGGGAUAUUGCCGGUUAUGGAUCUUGGGGUUUGCAGAAAAGGCCAGGCCCCUAUAUGAAGGGACCAAAGAAAACAAGGACUGGAAAUGGACUGAGCCAAUGAAAGAGGCCUUCCAAGAGCUCAGGCGAGCCUUGCUAGAAGCUCCUGCCCUUGCCCUCCCUGAUCCAUCUAAGCCUUUCCAAUUAUUUGUAGAUGAAAAGUGGGGGAUAGGAAAAGGGGUACUAACACAGAGAUGGGGACCAUGGAAGCGACCUGUAGCUUACCUUUCCAAGAGACUGGACCCAGUGGCAGCCGGAUGGCCACCUUGCCUCCGUAUCAUCGUGGCCACUGCGCUCUUAGUCCACGAUGCUGAUAAACUGACUUAUGGACAGAGACUCUUGGUCUACACUCCUCAUGCCAUAGAGAGAGUUUUAAAGCAACCCCCAGGUAAAUGGAUUUCUAAUGCCUGCUUGACGCACUACCAGGCCUUGGUACUUGACACCCCACGGAUUCAUCCCUGCACUCUAAAUCCGGCCACUCUUUUGCCCAAUCCGGAGGAAAAUAGCCCCCUCCAUGAUUGUGAUGAGAUACUGGCCGGGGUAACAGCAAUACAAAAGGACGAUAUUCCACUGGAUAACAGUGAGCUAAAAUGGUUCACAGAUGGCAGCAGUUAUGUGAAAGAUGGACAGAGACGGGUGGGAGCUGCAGUAGUAGAUGACUCUGGACAGACAAUAUGGGCAGAGGCCCUUCCCCCGGAUACCUCAGCACAAAAGGCAGAGUUAAUUGCCCUGAUUCAAGCAUUAGAGAAAGCCAAAGGAAAAAGAAUAACUAUCUUCACUGACAGUCGCUAUGCUUUUGGCACAGUACGCAUCCAGGGCCCGAUAUAUCGGGAACGGGGGUUUUUGACAGCUGAAGGAAAAGAAAUUAAAAAUUUGCCUGAAAUCCGUAGACUUUUAGAGGCUGUGUCAAUAGUACACGUACCUGGACAUCAGAAGGGUGACAGCCCCACAGCACGAGGGAAUUGUGCCACAGACCUGGCAGCUCGAAAAGUAGCUGAUGAAGAUUUCAUCACCCCUGUGCCGGUGGUAAAUGUACCCUGGAAGAGGGGCAAGCUCCAGAAUCAUGCAUUCUGGGCAUGUCCAGGACCCGUACCUCCGUACUCCAACUGGGAAAAGGAUCAUAACUUUGCCCAGGUAAAAAUAAGGUUUAACAUUGACAAAGCAAAAAAAGAAAAGGCCUGGGUCAACGGGAUAUCAUGGGGGCUUCAGACCAGAACUGACGGGUUCCCAUACCGGGAGUAUUAUAAUGGGAUCAUUGUUGUGAGUCAAGUUUUAGAACCGGUACAAAUGUAUAGUAUCGGUCCAAACCCCGUUGAACAGGUCCAUGCAACUCUCUACCCGACAACCUCCCUACCUACAUCCCAGGGACCAACAAAAGACCCAGAGGCGGGCCCCCUUGCUAAACUUGGACAAACAGAUCCACUAUGGAAAUUAGUAAAGGCAGCUUAUGCUACCUUAAAUCAAACCCAUCCUGAGGCAACUAAAUCCUGUUGGUUAUGUUACAACUUAAUUCCCCCUUAUUACGAGGCAGUAGGCCUCAACGCCUCUUACAACCUGGCCAACGGCACUGAUCCUCCUCAGUGUCAAUGGGGAGACCAAAAAGUAGGCCUUACAAUGAGAGAGGUAUGGGGAAAAGGGUUAUGUAUGGGCAAGGUAUUAUCAGAGAGGUCUCCACUGUGUGCGCAUGUCGUUGAGCCUACAGACUUGCCCAUAGCCAGGUGGCUAAUACCACGGAUGGGAGGAUGGUGGGUCUGUUCACACACGGGGCUGACUCCAUGCUUACACAGCUCAAUCUCUGAUCCCAAAGAAGAAUUCUGUGUUAUGGUAGCAGUCGUGCCAAAGAUUCUGUAUCGACCAGAGGAAACAAUAUAUGAUUACUGGGCCCCAAAAUUGACCCUAAAUCCUCAAGAAAGAACUUACAAAGUCAAGAGGGAACCUCUUACUGCCAUAACCAUAGCAACUAUGUUCGGUCUUGGAAUAGCCGGGGCCGGAACAGGAAUAACAGCUUUGUCCCCACAAAGCCAAGGAUUUAACUCCCUGAGAGCGGCCAUAGAUGAGGACAUCACCUGUAUAGAGCAAUCUAUUAGUCAUCUGGAAUCAUCUUUAACUUCCCUAUCUGAAGUAGUUCUGCAAAACAGAAGAGGAUUAGAUCUGCUCUUUCUGCAACAGGGGGGACUCUGUGCUGCCCUAGGAGAAGAGUGUUGUUUUUAUUCUGAUCACACAGGAAUAGUUAGAGAAUCUAUGGCCAAAGUAAGAGAGGGACUAGCCCAACUUAAACAAGAACGUGAGGCUCAACAAGGAUGCUGUGUAGCUAGUUUUGUUUCUAACCACUGGAAGGAUUUUAAGUUACAAAUUGUUGUUCAAGCUCCUACAAUUACCAUAGCCUCCUUCAACUAUUACUUGGGUCCCUUGAUCAGAGACCCUCAAUAUAAGGGUAAGCAGAAUAUGUUCCCUCAACAAUUUAGGGUCUGUGCCCCUCAGCAGCUACAGAAUGAGAACUAUGCCCCUUUCACUGGCAACGUAAUUCUCCUAAAAGAAAAAGGGGAGAAUGAGAGUUAA